AUGGCAUCCGGCUACGAUCGAGCUCUGUCCGUCUUUAGCCCCGACGGCCACGUCUUCCAAGUCGAAUAUGCGCUCGAAGCCGUCAAGCGAGGCACCUGCGCCGUCGGCGUCAAAGGCAAAGACAUCGUCGUUCUCGGCUGCGAAAAGCGCUCCGCAAUGAAGCUUCAAGACACACGCAUCACACCUUCCAAAAUCUGCCUCGUAGACACGCACGUCGCGCUCGCCUUCGCGGGCCUCAACGCCGACGCCCGCAUCCUGGUCGACAAGGCGCGGCUCGAGGCCCAGAGCCACCGCCUCACGGUCGAGGACCCGGUCUCGAUAGAGUACAUCACGAAAUACGUCGCCGGGGUUCAGCAGCGGUACACGCAGAGUGGAGGCGUCCGGCCGUUUGGGAUCAGCACGCUUAUUGUGGGCUUUGAUCCGAAUGAUAAGAGUCCGCGGUUGUACCAGACGGAGCCGUCGGGGAUUUAUUCUGCGUGGAAAGCAAACGCCAUCGGCCGCUCCAGCAAAACGGUCCGCGAGUUCCUUGAGCGCAACCACAAGGCCGACAUGGAACGGGAGGACACGAUCAAGCUGACGGUGAAGUCGCUGCUGGAGGUCGUGCAGACGGGUGCGAAGAACAUCGAGAUCGCUGUCAUGGCGCCCGGCAAGCCGAUCGAGAUGCUGCCGGUUGAGGAUAUCGAGAAGUAUGUGGAGAGCAUCAACACGGAGAAGCAGGAGGAGGCGGCUACAAGGAGGACGGGUGGCAGGACGCCGGGGACGGGCACGGCGGCUAUAUUAACGAGGCCUGCUGGGCAGCCUGCUGGGGAUGGGGCGACGGACCCGUUGCCGUGA